CCUGCUAGUCAGUCAUUACUCAGAAGGACAAUGUCAAACUGGUUGCGCUUGAUUUUAAAAUGUUCAUUCAUUGCGCUUUGGUGCUAUUUUACAUUAACUUUCCUAGUGAAAUUUUCUGCGGGUCUUAUAAAUAAUUUCUUUGCUUCCUCCGUAUCGUUUAACAUGGAUACAUUAUUCAUCAAUUGGAAUACAUCAUUUCCGGCCGUAACCGUUUGUGAGAUUUAUAAUGGUGAAAAAAUGUGGGAUAUGAGCGAACAAUAUUUUGGAACAAAUCAUGAUUUGAAUGUUGAUGAUUUUGUCGGUGAGGUGGUAUUCUUUCGUGGCACCUGCACUACCUGCGAUAGAUGUGAUCAAAUGAAGUGUCCUCAGAAUUUUACAGAAUUGUUGAAUCAGUUCCGUGGUAAAUGUGAACAAUUGCUACUUAAUUGCAUAUAUACGAAUAAACAUUUCGAGUGUUGUGACGAGUUUCUUCCGAUUCGUACAGAAUAUGGCAUAUGCUUUGCUUUCAAUUCGAAUCAAGCGCGCAAAAACUCUCAAAUGAAAUUUGCCAACAGUCGUGAAACAGGUCCUGGUUUCCUUAAGUUUGAUGUCUCUGCUGACAUCCAACUACACAUUCAUCCCCCCACUGAUAUUCCACUUGCUUUCUUUGAGGGUAUGAUACGGGAGACGGUAUUGCUGGGCAGCUCCAAAGAGAUUAUCAUUAAUAUUAUGGAAGUAUACAACCAUCCCAGUGUUUACCAACUGUCAUUGGACCAACGACGAUGUCGCUUUAUAAAUGAACGUACGGAUUGGGGAGCACAAGUUGACCUCUAUGAUUUUUACAGUUAUUCCACAUGUGUUAUAGAGUGCGGUUUGACAGCGCAAUUGCAGUAUUGUAAUUGCACCAGCCAUUUUCUAGCGCCCGCUAUAAAAUCAAGCAGUGUAUCCAUACCCAUGUGUGAUUAUCGCGGCUUAAGUUGUCUCACUCGUUACUAUGAAGACAUACAACACGAACGAAAAUCAUGUGAUUGUAUGAGCUCAUGUGAAGAGCCGGAAUAUACUAUAGUUUACAAUUCGCCUGAUGGCGAAAGCGAAAGUGAUAUGGAAACUACGCAGGUACAAAUCGCACUGAUUGAGCUACCGACACAACGCUAUGUUCGACGAGUCACCAAGACCCCAUUGGAUUUAUUAAUUUCGGUGGGUGGCAUUGCCGGUCUCUAUUUCAAUGCAUCAUUACUGAGGCUAAUAGAAAUAAUAUUUUCCUUAAAGGAGUUUAAGUGGAAAGAUGGUUGGAAAAGGAUUUAAAAUCUCUUUUUCAGAAAUUAAAAAGCGCAAAUGUUUUGCGAACACUUUUCUCUUAAAUUACAUGAAUAUGUUAACGUGAUUAAAGAAAAAUUGAUAGGAAAGCAAUCUUUGCCUUUGAAUUAUAAACAUACAUACUGAGAUUACGUUUUUGUAUCCUUUACGCUUUAUUAUAUUUUCGGUAUACUCUGAUUUG